AUGGCUCGUAGGCCAAUGUUGGGCCUUGCCUUUGUCCUCUUGGUUGGUGGAGCUGUGAAGGCUCUUUGCCCUGCUUUCGUGACGGCUCCCGCCCGUGUGGCGCAGCAGCCACCAGCCAGAGAUGUGGCAACCGCCCAGGCCGAGGAGCUGCAGCUGGCACUUCCGAGGCAGAUGACUGUAGAGCUGAAGCCUGCCGUGGAGAAAGCGGCGCUCUCUGCUGCUUUCGCCCUGAUGGCAGAGCCGGCUUGGGCAGUCGACGGCAGCUACGACAUCAGGGAAGAGCAAGCAAAGAACUUCAUGAUCUUCUUUUCCGUGGGAAGCUUUUUCCUGGCAGCCGGGCAAGGCUCUGACCGGGGCAACCGCAGUACGGCAGUGCAGACUUCCGGCGAGGUUUUCCCGCUCGACAGGGAAGAUGGUGUGCCCAUGUCCACACCCUCCGCCAGUGGACAAGACAAUGUCCGGAUGGCAAGGUAUGACAAGCUGGAAGACGGCCUCCGUAAGAAUUGGGCCUCAUUGCACGACGCGGAUGCUAACCUCAAAGGGACGCGAUCUUCUGCAUCCGGGGAGGUGGCCUCCAUGGAGGCCAUGCAGCAACUGCAGGCACAGGAGGCACGUGAUGCGGCAGAGCUGGAAGAGGCACAGCAAUCACAAGUUCGUGAAUGGGUAGCUCGCACGGUGGACAAGUCCUCGGAAAACGAUCAGUAUGCCAAAGAAGCCCUGACGUCAAGAGAGGAGCCAGCAGAUUCAGCGUCGAAGCAGCAAAAAGAGGUUAGGUCGGCGACACGGUGCUGGAGAACAGAAGUGAGACACCACAAGAAGGACCCCUGCAGCCCAAUCACACUCAAGCAGCAGGCGGAGCAGCGGUGGAAGUGCCUCUUCGGGGACGCCGGUGUGGCCUAUGCCCCUCCUGGGACUGGCUGGGCUGCCUACUCCGGAUGGAAGAGGGACCGCUUCUCUGUCUUCAGCCAGAGCUCUAGCUACUUGGGUCUAAAGCGAGGGGACGUUUUCGAACUCGCGCUUCGGGCACAAAAUGUCGGCACUGUCAGCUCCAUCACUCUGCCAGAAGAGCUGUCGAAGAGGCUUACACGAAUGAAGAGCCUCCCACCGGUCGGGGUGCCUCUGUGA